AUGCUGCAACACGCCACCGCUGAACAAGGGCUCUGCACGCAACCGAUGGAUAGGUAUCAGCUCUACCCUGUUUCCUUCGUCACCCGCCUCUACCUUCCGCCGCUGCUUUGUGCUGUAGAAGACGAACCCCUUCGAUGGCGUUCGCCAAAGCCCAAGGUACUCAGUGUGCUCGGUCAUGGAGAAGGAAAAGGGUGCGGAUUGAAGAAGGGUCUCAUUGUCUCUGUCUAUCUACAAAGGUUUGUGGAUUGUGAAGCCUGCCAACCAUUUGGAAGAGCUGAAUAUGACACUCCUGAGAAGGCCGUGACAAUAUACUCUGAAUCCUUCAAGACGAUUCCCGAGCUUCAGAUUGUUCAAUUCACUGCUGUCAUGGCCUGUGUGGAAGGAAGCUCGAUCUAUGCUUCAGAAGAUAUUAUCAUGUACCAUGAGCAAAUCAACUGA